UACGCCCCCUAAAAUCCAGCCACACGUCCUGAUUGACCAUCUAAUCACGUGGGGGGCGGACACGCGAAUGAGAAAUUACUGUCGUGGCUAACGUGGCUCUGGUAACCCAUUCAACAUGGAGACUCGUUCAAAGAGGAAACGUAUAGGACCGCUGCCCGGGGGCGAUCGCCGGGGCACACCUGGAGCUGACGCUGGGUGUCUCAGCAUGCGAACCGUCAGCGGUGAGGAGUUGAGCAGGCGGGCUCCCACCGAUAAGGAUACUACAGCCGAUCCCUUUGACGAAAUUGACCGACUGACAGACAGGACAAAUAGUCCAAUAGAACCAUUUAGCCCUAGUACAGUAUCUUACACACCCUCUUUGUCAUCUUCACCUAUUAGUAAUACAGCUAUCCCUACGCCUACCUUGAAUGUUGCGCGGGAGGUGAAUACCUUUUUGCCCGCGUCCACCAAGGCUGGCAAACCUAGAGUACGCAUGAGAUGGAGUAAAGAAGUGAACCUUUUUAUCAUGCGUACGUACUAUUACAUAACGAAAUUAGAAACAGACAUGACCAUUUACCGUAAGCUACUUCACGAACUUUUCUCACAAAAAUACCCGGAAAUUAACGUAUCUGAACAGAGAAUCUCAGACCAAAGAAGAACAAUAGUUAGAAAUAAAUUGAUACCCCAAGUAGAGUUAGAUAGGCUUAAAGAAGAGGUCCGAGCGCAAUUAGAAGAAAAUACUAAUGCUAAUACAUUAUCAGAUGUUCAAAAUCAAGAUGUAAAUGUUUUUUCACACGACCCGUUUAGUCAACACCUCAUAAACACUCAAACCCAAAAUAAUUUAGCAACAGAUAUUGGUACACAGACAGAAUCCUUAACAAUAACUAUAGAAAACGAUAUACAUACCUUGGCUGAACCUGAUCCAUUACCAGACUCAUGGACUGCGAAAAUACUAGAAAAGUUUAGAACAACCCUAGUACUUUACUCUGGAAUGGAUCCAGAGUCCCGGCCAAGGUUACCUAAACUUAAAUACAAUCCCAAACUUGUUCAAUUAGUGUCAGUAUUUAACAAUAAUAUAUUAGGUAACAUAAUUUCGGAGGAUACUCAAUUGAUAGAUUUAAAUUCAAUCAUAUACUGCACAGCUCUUGCAAUUUCUGAAGAAUUAGGUUAUAAAAUAACCGAUUACUUAGGAAAUACUAGAUCAAAGCAUCAUAAUAAACCGGCGUGGCAAGUUAGAUUAGAGAGGGACAUAGAGAAGCUGAGAGCAGAUUGUGGUAGGCUAACACAGUUUAUUAAUAAUAAUAGAUCAAGGAAAGUUAUUAAAAGAGUAGAAGCAAUAUUUAAAAGUAGGAUAACACAUACCAGACAUGAAGAUAAUAAUAGGAAACCGGAAGAAUUUUUAGAUACUUUGAAACAGAAACUUGCGCUUAAAGUCCAUAGAUUAAAGAGAUACAAAAAAGCACAGCAGCGUAAGAAUGAUAAUAUAGUAUUUAGUAAUAAUGAAAAAAUGUUUUAUAGAAAUUUAUUAAAACCACAAGCAGAGACUAUCUCUCAGAGUAAUCUCGAGUUGCCAACGAAAGAGUCGCUGGAAACAUUUUGGUCUAGAAUAUGGGAAGAGCAAGUACAGUUUAACGAAAACGCAGAGUGGAUUAAUGAAGAGGAGGCUAAGUGGCUUGCGAUAGAAGAAAUGAGUUUUGCUGAGGUUACCGAAACAGAUGUUUUAAAUGUUACAAGUAGGCUUCAUAAUUGGAAAUCCCCAGGGGUUGACAAAAUACAUAACUAUUGGUAUAAGAAAUUAGUUUCAAUACACGGAAGUUUAGCAAAGAAUUUAACAGAUAUAGUAUUAGGAAAACAGAUAAUACCGGAUUUUUUAGCAACAGGAGUAACAUAUAUGCUACCAAAAGGUAAACACUCAGCAGAACCUUCGCAAUAUAGACCGAUUACUUGCCUUCCCACAGUUUAUAAAAUAUUAACUUCAGUAAUUACUUUAAAAAUUAACAGUCAUAUUGAACAACACAAUAUUAUAGCAGAGGAACAAAAGGGGUGUAGGCGGAACCAUAUGGGAUGUAAGGAACAGUUGAUCAUCGACUCCGUAAUCCAUAAACAUGCAUCUACAAAAAGUAGGAAUCUUCAUUGUACUUAUAUAGAUUACCAGAAAGCUUUUGACAGUAUUCCCCACUCUUGGCUAAUUAAAAUUUUACAGAUCUAUAGAAUUAACUCUAAACUUAUAGAAUUCUUAAGCAGUAUAAUGACUCGAUGGAAAACUACAUUACAAUUAAAUUAUAACCGCGACACCAUUAUUAGCAGGCAAAUAUCUAUUCGGAAAGGUAUCUACCAAGGUGACUCCUUGAGUCCCCUAUGGUUCUGUCUCGCGCUGAACCCUUUGUCCUCUAUGUUACAUCGAAGCCGGGUUGGGUAUUGCCUCAGACAUGAUACAUAUGACGUUGUUAUCUCACAUCUAAUUUAUAUGGAUGACAUUAAAUUGUAUUCAAAAUCUGAAACAGAUAUGAAAAAAUUAAUAGAUACCACAACAUUAUUUAGCAAAGAUAUUAACAUGCAGUUUGGUUUAGAUAAGUGUAAAACACUACAUAUUGUAAGAGGCAAGAUCAAACCCGGUGACUAUCUAGUUAACGGUGCCGAUUGUAUAACCGCCAUGGAGCCUACGGAUUUAUAUAAACACAAAAAAUGGAUACCUGGAAGAGAAAGGUAUUACACGGCAGGCACCCUCAUGAUCUUGAACAACCCCAUGUAG